CUUGGUUGAAGGACCUCGUGGCGAAGUAAACAGAAAUGGUUGCUAGCGUUAAUUAAGAUAACAUCGGUUUUAGUCCAAUUAACUUUAUUACAGCGUGUGAGUUACAAGGACGCGAUGGCAGAGGACAACGAACUGGAAAAGCGUGCGGUGGAGGAGCUUCUGAAGGAGACGGACAGAGCGCGAGUGAGAGCGGAGACCAUGGGCCCCGCAGGAUGGUUAAAGUGUCCCCUGAGAAGCACCAACAAGCGCUUCCUGCUCAACACGCUGCGCUCCACCAACCUUCAGCGGCGCAGCGGAGACUCACGGGACGGACACUCGAGGACGAGAAGCAAGUCCCCGGAGAGGAGCCGCCGUCGCAGCAGAACACCUCCCAGAGACCACCAUCGCACAGACCAUACGCACCAUCACAAAGAGAAGAAGCAAGAUCGAGACAACGAGAGGAGCCACAAAGACAACAGGGACCAGAGACAUGGGAGGGACGGACACAACAGAGACAAGGACAGGCUUCAUGAGUAGAGACUGUGAUUUGACACUAACUGCACAAAGGUGAACACUGAACGCCUCACAGAGCUGCUGGCAGACCAAAAGACCUCCGUUUACCCGUUUGAAGAGACUUGAAUUUUUAUUCCUGCAGAUGGAAAAUGUUCUCUCUCGUUAGUUUACUGACUGUUCACUUUUAAAAUUAACCAUUUUGUAGUUCAUGAGGUUAAAUUGAUGACUCCUAAAGCCAGAAACAUAUCCUUUUUACUGUUCUUCCACCCCAUAUCUUCCACAAAAAAAGAGUUAAUAAAAUAUCAAGAGGCCGUUACAGCCCAGCACUUUU